CGUUAAACAAAACAAGAAAUAAUCAACCGGUUCUGCAAGCUGAAACUUCACAGCAAAGAAACAACAACAAAAUAGAAUUCCAACAAUAAACAGAGUCAGGCGAAGAAAGACAGAAACCUCACGCAAUGGGCACCAAAAUCGAGUACGUCGAUACGACGCAUCUGUACGCUUCCAAAUACAUUCGCAACUCGAAGGCAAUUGGCGUGCUCUGGGCCAUCUUUACCAUCUGCUAUGCCAUCAUUGGCAUUGUGGCCUUUGUGACGCCAGAGUGGAUUGGCGAUCCGGAUAGCGACAGUGCCGGCCGUCUGGGCCUCUGGCAGCAAUGCCAGCGAGACGAGAUCUUCGACAAUUGCCGUCGUCGCUGGGAGAACAUAUUUGCAGUGCCCACGUUUUCAUUUCAGUUGGCGACAUUCUUUAUGAUCGCGGCCGUUGGGCUGGCCUUGCUGACGAUAUUCUUUUUGGUUUGUUUGCUGUUCAUGAAGUCGACGCGCGUCUUUCACAUUUGCGGCUGGAUGCAAAUAAUAUCAGCGCUCUGCAUGAUUGUGGCCUGCGCUGCGUUUCCCUUUGGCUGGAAUUCAGAUGAUUUUCGCAAGAUUUGCGGCCCGGAGGCAAAUCGUUUCGAGUUGGGCCUCUGCAGCAUACGCUGGGCCUACCCGUUGGCUAUCAUUGGCUGUGUGGACGGCGUUGUUCUGGCCACAUUGGCAUUCAUUUUGGCCACGCGUCAUGUGCGCCUGCAGCCGGAUCCCAUCUAUCAGAACUCUCUGUACAAAGGAGAAAUUAAUAAUGCGUAUCUGACGGAUGCCAUUAGCUUGGCGGGCUCUCGCAAGUCGAAUCCGCACAUCACGGGCCUCAAUUUACAGCCCAUUUUGCUGGUGGCGCCGCCCAAUGAGGACAGCAUCUCACAGUUUUCCCGUUAUCACUGAGAGCUGCUCAGUUUUCUUGCCGCCGCAAAUUCAAACUCUUAACGGACAGUCUCUCGAAUAGGUUGUUGAAAUGGAAAUGUUAAAAAUAACCGGUUAGCAUGUGCACAAACCUCAACGCGGUACCUGUAACAAGCUAAGCUGUAUGAAACUAUAACCGUUUUGCACUGCUUGCUUUUAGCAAGGAAACAAACCUAAAGAUAGAAUCUUCGCCAAGUGUGCACAUGCCAAGCUAAGCAGUGUGACUAACACUGCUUAUACUUAGCAGAUAUACAAACCAAUAGCUGGGCAUUUCGUUAAGAUUUGAAUUUGCUUUUUGGCUGUUACAAUUUAAUAUUAUAUCUUGGUAAUGUAAUGCGUGAACCGUACGUGCGUGUGUAUCUGUGUGUGAGACUGACCGACUGAAUGCUUAGCCUCAACUUAAGUUUAAUUUAAAUGUAUUUGUGUAUAGCUUGUGUCUAACUUGAUACGUUUACUCUAUAGAUUAUGAUCGCUGCCUGUAAAUUAUAU